GUACACGCGUCUGUGGAAGACAGCCUAGAGGAGAGGGCUGGGGACAAGCGCCUGUGUGGUAGAUUUUAUCAGCUGUGAUGGCCUAAUCGUAUAUGGGGCUUUGAACGAGAAUGUAACUUUUGGUCCGUCAAACCAUACGAUGACUUUUCACGAGAUCCUGUGGAAAAAACAGAAGAAUAAAGUUAUAGAAUGGGACCGUUCAGUCAUGAAACCUUUCCCACCUUUUCAGGGUAGAGUUCAAUUAGACCAUGUGUCUGGCAACCUCACUAUCUUUAACUUAACAUUAUCAGAUGAAGAUGAGUACGAAAUUGAAUCACCAAAUAUGGCAGAUACUGUCAAGUUCUUUCUUUAUGUGAUUGAGCCCAUACCAUCUCUUCAACUAAAUUGUACAUUGAUUCAUGGAAAAAUUGUAGCCCAAUGCUGGAUCCCAGAGCAUUAUAACAACCAUGUGGAACUUUUAAAUUACUCGUGGUCUUGCCCUUGGGAACAAUGCAAAAGUCACUCAAACAAUGAAAUAUCUUUUACUAUGGAAAGAGAUCUCUCACAGGAAGUACAGUGUGUUGUAAGCAAUAAAGUAUCCAUAAAGACAUUAACGAUCAGUUUGGAAACCUGUAUCCCAAACACCGGUCAUCCAAGGGUCAGGUAUCCAAUUAUAGCAUCACUACUAGUAGUGAGUUUACUAAGUGCUAUAUGGUUUUUAAAGGUAUGCUAAUGAAAGAAAUCGCAGAUGACAUAAACAAAUGGGAAAACGUCCCCUGCUCAUGGAUUGGUAAAGAAUAAACAUUUUUAAAAUGUCCUUAUUGCCAGAGUGAUUUACAGAUUCAACGCAAUCCCUUAUACCAGCAUCAUGUUUCACAUAUCUAAAGGGAAUAAUCUUAAACUUCAGUAGGAACCAAAAAAGCCUAAAUAACCAAAGCAGUAUUAAGCAAAAUGAACAGAUCUGGAGGCAUCACAUCACCUGUCUUUAAAUUAUACUACAAAUCUGUAGUAACCAAAACAGCAUGGUAUUAAUAUAAAAGUAGAGACAUAGACCAAUGGAACCGAAUAGAGAACCCAGUAAUAAAACCAUCUCCCUACAACCAACUGAUCUUUGACAAAGCAGACAACAUACAUUGGGCAAAGGAAGUCCUCUUCAAUAACUGGGGCUAGGAAAAUUGGACAGCCACGUUCAGAAGAAUGAAACAGGACCCCUAUCUCUUGCCAUAUACUAAAAUCAAUCUAUCUUUAAUCAAGAUGGAUUAAAGGCUUAAGUAUAAGGCAUGAAACUUGUAGAAGAAAAUAUAGAAAAAACUAUUUAAGACAUUGGCCUAGGCAAAGGAUUUAUGACUAAGACUCCAAAAGCAAAGACAGCAACAACAAAAAUAAAUAAAUAGGACUUAAUUAGAUCAAAAAGCUUCUGCUUAGCAGAGUGAAUAGACAACUUACAGAUUGGGAGAAAAUAUUCACCAAUGAUACAUUUAAGAAAUCCACAAUAUCCACAAUCUACAAAGAACUUAAAUCUGUAAGAAAAAAAGAAAAACUCCAUUAAAAAGUAGCAAAAGGCAUGAACAGAAGCUUUCUGAAAGAAAAUAGACAAAUGGCCAACAAACAUCUGAAAAAAAUGGUCAACAUCAGUAAUUAUCAGGGAAAUUCAAAUUAAGGUCACAACUAGAUAUCAUCUAACCCCUAUUGGAAUGGCCAUUAUUAAAAAGUCAAAAAACAACAGAUGUUGGCAUGAAUGCAGAGAGAAAGGAAUGCUUAUACGCUGUCGGUGGGAAUGCUUAUACGCUGUCGGUGCAGAUUAGUACAACUUCUGUAGAGAAAAAUGUGGAGAUUCCUCAAAAAAGAAAAUAAAUGUAGACUUAUCAUCCUAUGCAGCAAUCUUAUUUCUGGGCAUCUACCUAAAGAAAAUUAAAUCAUUUUAUCAAAAAGACACCUGCAAAUGUUUACUUCAUUACAAUUCACAACUGCAAAGACGUGACAUCAACCUAAGUGCCCUUCAAUUCAUGAAUGGAUAAAGAAAAUGUGUUGUAUAUAUGUGUAUAUAUACACACACAUACAGCAUGGAGUACUACACAUCCAUGAAAAGGAGUUAAAUAAAGUUAUCUGUAACAACUUGGAUGGAACUGGAGACCGUUAUCCUAAGUGAAGUAUCUCGGGAAUGAAAAUCUAAACACCACAUGUUCUCACUAAUACCUAGGAGCUAAGAGAUGGGUACACAUGGACACGAAGUGAUAUAAAGAACAUCAGAAACCAGGAAGAGGGGGAUGGAGGGUGAGUGUGCCAUAGAAACUUACCUGUAGGGUACAGUGAACACUAUUCUGGUCACAGGCACACCAAAAGCCCUGAUGUAAGCAUUAUACAAAACGUCCAUGUAACAAAAACACUUGUAUCCCCUUAAUCAAUAUUUUGAGAUAAACAUAAAUACAGCUAAAAUGUAUUUUUAAUCCCAAAAUAGCAGUAGCAUAGUCAAUCAUCUCCUUAACAGGUUGGUCCCCUGAAAUGAAAGUCAUUUUCCACUCAGUAUUGUGAAUCUAUCACCAGGAUGCCUGAACUAAAGGGAGGUGACCCUGAGGUCCCACAGAACUUCCAAACAAAUGGAAGUUGGCCCUGGGUAACCUAAAACAAAGGCUAUUAUUCUUUUAAAACAAUUCAGCAAGCAUCUUAACCUUAAAGCCAUUUAGUUGGGAAAUGGUGAGGCCUUCAGCUUGGGGUCUUCGGAAGGGGAGCCAGUGAAUGCCAACAGCUCCAGCUGCCUAGUUGUUGUUGACAAACAACGUUAUAAGCUUUAGUCAACCCUUUUGACUAGUUCUAGGUGAGGGCUGAUGCCUUUUGUCGGGAGGAGCUGAUGCAUGCGUGUGUGGGGACACCAUCUCAAUAUCCAAAAUGGCAGCCAUGUGUGGCUACAGAGUAUUUGAAAUACAGGCAUCCAGAUUACAGUGUGCCGUGAGUAGAAUGCACAGCAAAUGUCUAAGACUGUAUAAGAAAAGAAUAUGAAAUAUCUUAAAAGUUAUUGAUUAAAUGCUAGAAUGAUACUUUUUUGAUGAUUUGGGUCCAUAAAAUAUAUUAUGAAAAUUCACCUAUUUCAUUUUACUUUGUGAUGUGGUGACUAAAACUUUGAGACUGCUUAUGUGGUGUGCAUUAUCUUUCUACGUGGGCAGCACUAGUCUAAGCCUUUUUAACCUUCCCUUCACUUUUAGCCUCAUGAACAAGGACUUAUAAAGUUAACUAUUUUGUACAUCGUUUUUUUGUUAGUUUUUCUAUUGUAUUCUGACCAAUUUUGAAACAACUCUUUGGACCAGUUCUGUAGCUAAUUUGAUGAAUGCGUUUAGGAUGGUGGAAAUCCCAGCUUUGGUUGAGUUUUCCAAAUUCAGAUCUCUAACAGGUGGUCAAUAGCCUUAAGAUUUCAGCUUCUGUUUUCAGUCUUUUAAUUUAGAUGAAAAUUUCUUCAUUUUAGAUUUUUUGAAACAUGGUAGAGAGACAGACAGAACCAGGUAAGUAGGCUAUGGAUGGUGCAUCGUGCUGGGAUAAGAGCAGCCCUACUGUUGAGCACUCACUACCUGGGGAGCCAGAUUACACUCCCUCACUGGUUGCCUUGUGCAGCAAUAAGAAGUGGCACCUGCAGAUGUUCUAACCGCAGCUUAUUAAGUAAAACAGCAUGCCAUGCACUGUGCAGAUAUCACCUUCUUGAACCCAAGAGCCUUGCAUAGGGGACAGCAUUAAUCACCCCUUGCUUAGAGAAAAUGUGUGUGGGGCUCAGAGAAGUAGAAUAAGAUAUCAGGGUCACACUGCUAGUCAGCGGCAUACUGCUUUGGGCAUGACAUUCAGGCACAGAAGUGGAGGUGCAAGUUUCAGGGCUGGGGCCAAAGUUACAGAUUGGGGAGCACCAUCCUGAGGCCAGUAUUGACGUCCUGAGCAUCUGUCCUCACCAAGAAAGAAAAGCCAGAUGCCGGCUGGUCGUGGGGAGAGGUGGAGGAGCAAAGCUUGCAGGAGAGUGGGGGGAGCACUUGGUGAACCCCAGGGCAGGCUACAUGUCAGAGAGACAGGAGGGGCCGCCUAGUAGCUGGUGCAGACCUGGGCUCUGCCGAGGGAGGUGCUGUGGCCGGUGUGGGGAUGAAGAAAGGAUUGCUGCAUGGCGUCGAGGGCCCGGUGUGGUGGGACUGAGGAGGUUUUCGUUCUCCUCAGUUGCCAGGUAGAAUGGGGCUCAGGUUACCCUGGGAAACCAAGCUGGAGAAGCAGGCUAGAUUCCUUGGCAGUAGCUGACACUGGCUGCCAGGGUGUGUGAGGAGAGUCCUGGGAAGGCAGGGAGCUGAGAGAGGGGCACAGCCGCAGCUGGUGCCCCUCCCAGGAGUCCCAUGCGUGCCCCAGCUCAUUUGAGGAGCAAUGCCCACUUUCUCUAUCCCCUUCUGGGAAAUUCACAGCCUAUGAGGUUCCUGUUAGGAAAAUUUAUAAUUUGCUUCCCUUUGCCUCACCCCUGUGACCACAGCACUAAUUCUUCAUGAAUUCUCUUUACUAACAGAAUACAAAUGUUCGGAGAACUAGGCCUGGUUUGAUCUGUGGGCUCCGUGGAAAUAGACCGUGGGGAAGGUGCAAGGCCAAGAAAUGGGCCUCAGUUUGGAGGAGCCUGGCCAAAGCAGGGCUGUGGCUUCCCUUUUUGGCUCAAAUUAGCCCAGAUUGACUACAUUUUACAAAUUAUAAACAUGAAAAUUUUUUUAUAGUUCCCACUGGUUGGUAACAGAUGAAGCUAACGGGGUAAAAAUGAAAUUAUUUUAAAAACUUUAAAAAGUCUUUUGAAAGUAUUUUGUCCCUUGGCGGGAAAACUUUGAAGAAACCUUCACCAAGCAGCUAUUUUUUAGAAUAAAUGUCAACUAACCAGUAUUAGUUUGUACUUGGUGCCUGCAUCUUGGUCAUGGUCUACUUAGUUCUUGGUCAUGAAAUUGUUGUUAAAAUAAGGAAACUUUUGUUAAUAAUGUAAAUAUGUACCUAAUGUAAGUGUUGUUGCUAUUUUUUUCCUGUUAAUAUAGACAAAUAAAAAUUGCAUACCUUU